AGCAAAAGCAGCAGCACAGUGAGCUGACCCUUCCCUCUUCGCAAGAAAAGUAAAGUUCUUUGCGCCUCGCCAACUCAAUCUCCGCUACUACUACUACUUCUUCUUCUUCAAAGUUUUGACCUUAACUUCCCGAGCUUCUUCUUCAUCAUCUUCACUUUGAUGGAUCGUCGUUUACUCCUCUACGGUACCAUUCUCACUCUCCUCGCCUCCUCUUUUCUCUCAGAGAUACACUCUGCUUCAUUCAAGAUAGUCAACAAGUGCCGGCGCACGAUAUGGCCUGGGUUGCUAUCCGGCGCCAAUACGCCUCAGCUCCCCACCACCGGCUUUUCACUCAGGAGUGGAAAAUCCAAGACGGUAUCCAUACCCAAGUAUUGGUCUGGUCGGAUUUGGGGUCGGACCCUAUGCGGCGAGGACUCCACCGGGAAGUUCUCUUGCAUGACCGCGGACUGCGGGUCCGGGAAGGUAGAGUGCGCCGGGGGUGGUGCUAAGCCACCGGCCACGCUUGCGGAGUUCACGCUGAACGGCGCCGGCGGGUUAGAUUUCUACGACGUCAGCUUGGUCGACGGGUACAACCUCCCGAUGCUCGUUGUGCCCAGGGGAGGUACCGGCGGAGGAUGCAGCGCCACCGGGUGCUUGGUGGACCUGAACGGGGCGUGCCCGUCGGCUUUGAGGGUUGCGCGUGAGAACGGGAGGGGUACCGUGGCUUGCAGGAGCGCGUGCGAGGCCUUCGCUGAUCCGAGAUUUUGUUGCAGUGAGGCAUACUCUACGCCCGAUACGUGCGGGCCGUCUAUUUAUUCGUUGUUUUUUAAGUACGCUUGCCCACGCGCGUAUAGCUACGCGUACGAUGACAAAACUAGUACCUACACCUGCGCUUCCGCUGAUUAUAUGAUCAUAUUUUGCCCGUCACCCUAUACCAGCCAAAAGUUGCUCGGAGCUCGAAAGGAUGGGGCACAGCUACCAUUAGUGAACAAGACCACAAUGUACAUGGCAAGCCAACAUGCUUCAUCGUCAGGCAGAUAGUACCACGCCGAAGAAGUGGUGUCAUCUUCCCUGUUGUGCAAGCUUUCAGCUUGUCUUCCACUCCUUCCAGUUGUUGGGUAAAUAGAUCACGCGGCUAAGAUGCAGAUUGGCCGUAUGAGGGAGGGUUUCAGAAAAAAGUUUUGUAUAUAGCUUCCUUUGCUUUAUUGCAUAGCUCAUAAUAGGGGUUCUCCACAUCUUAUUAUAUAUACCGCCUACCAGCACCUUUCCACCAUUUUAUAUAAAGAAAUUAUUCUAGUUAGAAGCCUUGAAGUGUGGUAAGGUAUCUUUCUUCAUAGAAUAAUGAUGUUCAUUCGACUAUUUUAUAAAAGCCCAUGUGAGAAGGUCAUUUUUUUUUUUUUA